AUGGCGACAAAAUCCAAGGCAGGAAGUAAGAGAAAGAAGCAGAAGAAGAAAGAAGAAGCUGAGUACUUUGAGGUUACUCGUAACAAGGAGGAUCUUUGGAAAACUGUAUUUCCAGUGGGCACUGAAUGGGAUCAGAUUGAAAAACUAUACGGAAGCUUCAGAUGGAAUUUCUCAAAUCUAGAAACUGCUUUUGAAGAAGGUGGAGUAUUGAACUCAAAAAGAGUCUAUAUAUUUGGCUGCACGGAACCACAAUUGCUCUCCGUGAACAGCGAGGGGAAACUAGUCUGUAUACCAGUCAUUGUUGCUGUUGCUAAUGAUUCCCCUCCUUCUGAUGAGAUCGGUAUCAACUCGGUGCAACCAGAAGCAGAAGAAAUUAUCCUGAUGAAACGAAUGAAGAUGGAUUGGGUUCCUUACAUCCCAUUAGAACAAAGGGGUAAUCAAAUUGAGAGAUUGAAGAAAUCUCACGAUAUUUUUAUCUGGAGAUGUACACAGAGAAGGGAUUCUCUGGGAACCCUGAAAGAGGAUUAUUUGAAGAAGUUUGAAUAUUGUUUGCCUUAUUUUUACAAUCCAUUCAAGGAGGAAGAAGAAAUUGAUCAGAGCACUGUUGUUGACAUAAUGUUCCCGGCCGAACCACCAGUAGUUUGUGAUUUCGAUUGGAUAUUUGAUGAUAUUAACGAGUUUGUCGAUGAGAAAGUUGCAGAUGAGGUAGUAACAGAAGAUCAAAGAGACGCAUUUAGGAAAUUUUUCGACGACAAGGUUAAAGAAGCGAAGGAAGCGAACAAAGAGGCUAAAAAGGCUCGGAAGAAAGCAAUAGAAGAAACAAGUGAAGAGACUAAAAGAGCUUUUGAGAACAUGAGGUUUUACAAAUUUUAUCCGGUUACAACACCGGAUACUCCAGAUGUAUCACAAGUAAAGUCUCGCUUCAUAAAUAGGUAUUACGGGAAGGCUCACGAGGUUCUUUAG